UCCGGCGUAGCCAUGGCGGCUAACGCUACAACCAACCCGUCGCAGCUUCUUCCUCUAGAGCUUGUGGACAAGUGUAUAGGAUCAAGGAUUCACAUUGUGAUGAAGAGUGAUAAGGAGAUUGUUGGCACACUUCUGGGAUUUGAUGACUUUGUCAAUAUGGUACUGGAAGAUGUCACUGAGUUUGAAAUCACGCCAGAAGGAAGAAGAAUUACUAAAUUAGAUCAAAUUUUGCUAAAUGGAAAUAACAUAACAAUGCUGGUUCCUGGAGGAGAAGGACCUGAAGUAUGAAUGGAUUUCCUUGACUUAUGCUAGAUUCUGUUUUGUCUUAUAAUGACAACAAAAUAGAAUUUUUUUUUUAAACUUUUUAACGUUUGUAUUCUGUGAAGCCAAGUUUUCCGUUAAAGGGAAAUGCUUUGAAGAUGCAUUGUAAAUGCCUGUUUUUGUAAGUUAAUCAUGAUUAUGUUGGAAAAAGAAGAACAGUUUGUUCUUUGAAGACAAAAAUAAAGGUGUUUUUGUUAA